AUGCUAGACACCCCCGGCACCACAGUGCUAACUUAUACUCCCAAUGGCAAGCAAUUAAUUACUGCCGGGUCUAACUCUGGAAUUCGAGUGUUCUCAACUGGCGAGCAUGGCGAACCGAAGACGAUCGAUGAAGGGAUGGAGAGCCAUCUGGCAAUCGCAGCAACUAAUGAAUCCAUGAUACUGGGAUCUGAGGAUGGCACAGUAUGGCUUUACAAACUGCAAGAAGCCACAAUGGAUAAGCCAUUGGCUCGUUGUGCACUACCAGUUCGAGACCUGGAGGUCUCCAAGGACGAGGAAUGGGUUGCUGUUGCUAGCGAUGAGCUCACUGUCAAGAUCGUGAAUAUUAACGAUAUUACAGAGGUCAAAUAUUUGCGAGACCAAACAAAAGGAGUCAAGCAUGUGACAUUUGAUCCCAGCGGACGAUUUGUCACAGUGUCGUGCGCUGAUGGAAUUAUCUAUAUUUACUCAUUCACGGAAACGGAACCUACCCUGCUGCAUAGACUUGAUGGGGUGAUUCGACAACUUGAAACAGACAACGAGGCCACAUCAAGCGCAGUUUGGCACCCAGAUGGAACUGCAUUUGCCGCAGUAGAAGCCACAAGAGAUAUCACAGUAAUAUCGUGUAGGGAUUGGACUAAGCAACGGAAAUUUUCUGGUGGUCAUAAUGGAGAUGUCACCUGUCUCGCCUGGUCUCCUAACGGGGCAAUGCUUGCAAGUGCUGGAACUGACCGCAAAAUUCUCCUCUGGGAAACCAGGACCCAAAAAGUCAUAAAGACAUACGAUAUGCCAAAUGCUAUUAAUUUCCGCUGGCAUCCCACCCAGAAUAUUGUUGCAUUUACUACUUCGGAUGGAGAGCUGUUUAUUUACGAUGAUUUUGUCCCGUCGGAAUUUCACUCACUUCUAGCAAAGACCUUGGAAGUGGCACCGUUACUCUCAAUUGGUUCCCAUGAGGAGAUUACAAUCUCUCAUAGACCCCAACGACAUGAUACCAGUAAUCUUUCUGGAAACAGGCCGAGAGGAGGAAGCCCGGACUCUCUUGAUGACAUACUAGGGCCAGCAGAUGAUGAUGAUUUUGUUGAGGAUGACGACGGUGCAGGCUACACCGAAAACGUCAAUGGCCUUGGAAAAAGGACUAACACACAUAUGGAUGAGUUAUUUGGUCAUGAAACAAAACGGAGACCAACGGCCCCUUGGAAGACUAUAUCUCAUGAACCCUUUCAGCCCGGCAGCACCCCAUGGAGAGGCAACAGAAGAUAUCUAGGUAAGCUUGUAAUUGUUUACUUCGGCAGAGUCCUUGUUAACGAAACCGUAGCGUUGAAUCUUGUUGGGUUUGUAUGGACUGUUGAUCAAGACACGCACAAUACUGUCACUGUGGAAUUCUAUGACCGGGAACGUUAUCGCGACUUUCAUUUCACAGACCCAUAUCUCUAUGACAAGGCCUGUUUGAACGAGAAGGGCACUUUAUUUUCAUGUCAACCCACCUCCAGCUAUCCAGCAGCCGUAUUUUACCGGCCACAUGAAACGUGGACAACAAGAGCAGACUGGCGGACAGAGCUUCCACCGGGAGAGAAGAUUACUUUGACCUGUGCAGCAUGGCGAGACUAUAUCAUCACCAUCGGGAAUGGCCCUGCAGGUAGUGAUGGAGUCGCGCAAUUGAAGUACUCCAUCGAGAACGUCCGACGUGACGAGAUUUGCCAAAACGAGGACGCUGUUGCACUAGCAGGAGGGACGCGACUGCAAAGCGUAUUUUUUUCAGACAAGGGCGACCCCUGCAUAUAUGACAGCUCGGGGGUUCUCCUUGUGUUGCAGCAUUGGCGGAAACCAGGACAGGCCCGCUGGGUCCCGCUCCUUGACACCAAAGUGCUUGAACGUGUUGCCAGUGGCCGCAAGGAAGAAACCUAUUGGCCAGUUGCUGUUGCACAGGAUGUUUUCCACUGCAUAAUCCUAAAGGGUGGGGAUAAGUAUCCCUACUUCCCACGACCAUUGCUCACCGAGUUCGACUUCCAAAUACCGAUAUCCUGCACUUCAUCCAAGGAAAAGAGCAACAAAGAUGGAGACAUGGAAAUGGAAGACGCUGAAGAAGCCGCGAGGAACAAUAACAGGAAAUUACAAGAGUCUCUUGUCAGAGCGAAUUUAGACUAUACUCUUCUGGAGGACUGCAUCACGGCAUCCGAGAUCGGGGCAGCUGGAGAUGCUGAGUUGAGGAGGAGAGCGCUUGAUAUUGACAAGAUUCUCCUGCAGUUGCUUGCUGUCGAGUGCCGCGAGGGUGAGGAAAGGGGUAUGAAAGCUCUUGAACUUGUUACCAUGCUCCGAGACCGCUCUGGGAAGAUGCUAGAUGCUGCUAGCAAGAUUGCACAACGCUAUCAGAGAUCUAUACUCGAUGACAAGAUCAGGGCCAUAGCAGAACGAAGACUGAUGGGUGAGGAUGAUGAUGGCAUCACUGGGGAUAACAACGAUAUAUAA